AUGCCUCAAAUUGGUCUCACUGGUUUGGGAUUGUGGUGGUUGAUGGUGGAUAGGGGUUUGGUGAUGAUUAAUCGGCGGUUACGCGUAGGGUCCUGGGUUCGACUCCCGGACGGCACCGGGGGUAAUUCAGCCCCUACUUGGAAAACCUCCCUCUCGGAUAGCUACAACCUUCGAGUUAAGGAGAGCUACCAUCGAGCAGUUCGACGUACCACGGCGAAGUUAGCCGCAUUAGCCGAGGUUUGUCGACCGUCGUAUCAAGGAUCGCUCCUACCGACGACCCGUGCAAACCUCGGAGAAGAUCAAAAUUGUAUGCAGCCAGAGAGGAGAGUUACGAGAAGUAUGAGUAGACCAGGAGAAACGGUAGAAGAGACGGAGAGGAGGAUGUUGGAGGAAUUAAGACAAAGCUUGGGGCCAUUGCCUGGUGCAAUCGAUACCCCCGAAGGAUCAACUCAAGGAGACGAAUUUUACCCACCCCUACCUCUUGAAUCACCCCCCCAGCCAACGGGGUUAUCAGAACCACCGACUGUAAGGACAGGUUCAGAAGGGUCAGGACAAACUCCACGACCAAGGGAGAAGGACACGGAAGGUGGGCUAAGUUCGGCGGGGAGCGAAGAAGUAGGGAGAACUGAGGAAGAGGCCACCACUCAGAAAAUGAUGCUGGCCAUGAUGAACAUGAUGAUGGAGAUGAACAGGGAUAUGAUAGCAGAGAGGAGACGCCGAGAGGAACAGGAGAAGAAGAAGGAGCAGGAGACAGUUGGAGGAAUAGUCGAGGGCGCGCAGCCUAAGGGCACGAACGGGGGAAGGGCGAUACCAACGGAUGUAGACGAACUAAAUCGUCGUUGGCCGAGACCCAGUGCUGAUGAGGUUUUAAAGCGUUGGGAAGAAGGAAAGUGUACUGGGUGUGGAGAGAGAGGGCAUUACAACCGGGAUUGUCCUGUAAUAGCGGCAAAGGUAAAAGCGGGGAUCAUCCCCUUGCGAUCUUUUGGACAAAAUGCUGGAGGAGAAGGGAGAUUUAGCACGGGGGGAAACGCCGCCCCUCUUGGGGACAGGAAGAUCAAUGCAGUCGGAGGGGAGGAAGCAUGUGUUGGAGAGCGGGGGAUGGACGAGCAGGAAAAAGAUGGGGACCCGUCGCGAUAG